UCCUUACUCUCUAAUCGUUUUUUUCCUAUCUGAAAAGCUCCUCAUUUCACCCGCCCUCGUGGGCGCGAUACUCUACACAUCAUGGCGGCGGUUCUUCUCACACUCGUCCUGGCGACCUUGGUACAAGGUCUCCGGUACGAUCCAGACUACGUCGACUACAACCUUAAUCAGAAUAAGGACGCCGUGAACCCGUUGGACUACUCCGCGCCAAAACGAGAUAACUACACAGCGUCCCCAAAGGACUGGCAAUUUCCCUUCUACACGCUUUUCCUCGACAGGUUUGCCAACGGCGACCCUACCAAUGACAAUAUCAACGGCACUGUCUAUGAGCAAGAUCCUACAAGCAACCAGCUGCGGCAUGGAGGCGAUGUUCAGGGUAUCAUUGACAGCCUGGACUAUAUCCAGGGCAUGGGAAUGAAGGCUAUCUACAUUGCUGGUUCACCAUUUAUUAACCUGCCUUGGGGUGUUGACUCCUACUCGCCCAUUGAUUUGACUCUCUUGGACAUGCAUUAUGGCACGAUCAAGGACUGGCAACGCAUGGUGGACGAGAUUCACAAGCGUGAUAUGUAUGUCAUGAUUGACCACACAUUCUCGACUAUGAGCGACCUUCUGGCCUUCAACGGCUUCGAGAACGAAACCGCCCCCUUCACCCUCCAGGAACACAAGGUGCACUACAAGGGUAACCGAGAGUAUCUCGACUUUGCGCCAUCCAACGAAUACAAGGACAAAUGCGAGUAUCCCAGAUUUUGGGAUGAAACGGGAAUGCCUGUUGGAGAGGACGUCACCAGCCAGCUUAAAGGUUGCUACGACAGUGAUUUCGACCAGUACGGCGACAUGGAAGCCUUCGGUGUCCAUCCGGACUGGCAACGUUCCUUGGCCAAGUUCGCUAGUGUCCAGGAUCGGUUGAGGGAAUGGGUACCGUCUGUUCGCCAACGCAUCGAGUUAUUCUCCUGUCUUUCGAUCAGGGUGCUUGACGUUGACGGGUUCCGCUUCGAUAAGGCCACACAAGUCACGGUUGAUGCUAUGGCCGAGCAUAACGAAGCCGUCCGCAAGUGUGCCAAAGAACACAACAAAGACAACUUCUUCAUGCCCGGCGAAAUCACCGGUGGCAACGGCUACGGUGCGAUAUAUAUCGGCAGAGGACGGCAAGGGGACCAGAGGCCGAGUUUUCCCCAAGUCAUGAAUCUGACGACCAAAGAGCUGAGCAAGAACAACAGCCUGGUUAUCCGCGACGAGGGCAAAAACGGCCUCGACGCUGCUGCUUUCCAUUAUUCGGCAUACCGCUUUCUUACUAGAUUUCUCGGUAUGAGCGGAAACUUGGAAGCCGGUUAUGACCUGCCGCUCAACUGGGUUCAGAUGUGGAACCAGAUGAUCCUCACCAACGAUUUCGUCAACCCUAAUACUGGCGUGUUCGACCCACGGCACAUGUACGGAACCAUGAAUCAGGACGUUUUCCGGUGGUCUGGCAUCAAGCAGGGUACACAGAGGAUGCUUCUCGGUCUGUUCAUUAUGACUCUGCACAUGCCCGGUAUUCCGUUGGUCUUCUAUGGCGAGGAGCAGGAAUUCUACGUUCUUGACAGUACGGCGGACAACUACCUUUUUGGGCGACAGGCGUUCUCGCCUACCCCCGGUUGGAUGCUUCAUGGCUGCCAUGCCGGAAACAGUACACAGUACAUUGGCUGGCCCAUUGAAUCAGCAAGAACCGGAUGCAACGACCCCAAGGUUGCGCUGGAUCAUCGUGACCCAUCGGCCCCGGUCCGCAACAUCAUGAAGUCGAUGUACCACAUGCGCGAGAAGUAUGAGACUUUCCGUGAAGCAUGGCUCCUGCAAACCCUUAGUUCGAAGAUUAGGACUGUGACGCUCGAAGGUAGCACCACAAGCACCGAGUUCGGAAUUUGGUCCGUUGCACGCGCAUUUUAUCCUGGGGUUCAAAAGGAAUUAUAUCCAGCUGAACCCGUCUGGCUUGUUUAUCACAACGAGGAAAAGGAAACCGAGUAUACAUUCGACUGCUCCAAGAAGGACAAGGACUUCGUCUCUCCAUUCGAUGCUGGAGCGACGAUCAAGAACUUGUUCUACCCAUAUGACGAGAUCAAACUGGAGAAAUCCUCUCAGAGUUUAGGAUUCGCUAAUUCCCAUGCUGUGAGCGGCUGCCUCAGCAAUGUCACUAUGGCACCCUUCGAAUUCCGAGCCUACGUACUCAAGGAUGAUUGGGAGUCGCCCCCGCCUAUGAUCACCAAGUUCACUCCUGGCCAUGACGCUUCUGUCGAGUCUCAUGGAGACGGAAUGGUCAAUAUCACACUGGAGUUCUCGGAGGAAAUGGACUGUGAGGAGGUCUUCAAGUCGAUCUCCUUCAACUCGACAACCGAAGAGAAGGCCGAUAUCAAGAUCGAUAAACACCAGUGCGAAAAUAUCAAGGCCAGCUUCAUCGUCGAAUACGUCGGCGCCAUCCCCUCGACCUGGAGGUUCAACGCCACCUUGUCAAACGUCAAGGACGGAAUUCACAGAAUCACCGUGAAGGGUCCCAUGUCCGGUCGCAAUGUCAGCACGGGCGCCACUGAUCACUUCCUCCUCCGCGUCGGUUCAUCCAACAACCCGGUUGUUUAUCCCAUGAACGCCAACUAUUCGAAGACGCUAGUGACGAAAGAGGGCAGUGAUCUCUUCGUCAACCACGCCGCGGCUGGUGCCGAUAAGUGGCGCUAUUCGACCAACUGGGGCUCUACCUGGAGCAACUGGACCGAGUACAAGGGAGGCAAGGAGAAAAUUGACAAGCUGGAUUGGGUUGGAACCAAGAGACAGGAAUGGGAUGGUGACCAUGUCAUGGUUCAGUACUGGUCCAAGCUGCUGGGUAGCGCCUCGUUCGUCCAGUCUGGUGACAGCAAAGACACCAAGGCGCGCCGCUUCCCGCAUCUUUUCGCCCAAGGUCUCUUUAACAAGUUCGGCUUCGAUGCUGGUGUCAAGAAUGAGCUGAAGCAGGUUGGCGACGGGCUGUGGGAGGGUCACGUGAUGGAUGAGUGGCCUACAUACUUCCAGCUUAAUGUAUGGGGCAUGAAUCCCGACCAGAAGCCUGACGCCGGUUGGGUGCUUGGCGAUGUGGAUGGAGAUGGGGUCCUUGAUCGUAUGCCGCCUACAUCUUUGGCAAUGAACGUGAUCAACGCUACGGAACCGCCACCGAUGCCUGCGCUCUCCUGGAAGCUUGUCUUCAACGAUGCGCUGCUCACUUUCCGCAUGGAGCCCCAGGGAAACAUGUGGAUUCAGAUCAUCAUGUUCAUCCUGCUGGCUUCACUCCCCAUUGUUGGCGGUCUCACUGCCGUCUGGAUUUUCAUGGGCUCCUUCUACAAGGUCAAGGUCAACAAGGUCGGCUUCAAGCGCCGCGGUCGCUCACCUCUACGCGACAUUGGCAAGCGCAUCAGCAGUACCGUUUCCUUCGAGAAUUUCCGUCACAAGGACGUGGGCGAUACGGAGCUCGCUGUCGUCCCUGGCAAGCGCAGAAAGGUCAUCAUUGCCACCAUGGAAUACAAUAUCGACGACUGGAACAUCAAGAUCAAGAUUGGCGGUCUCGGCGUCAUGGCCCAGCUCAUGGGCAAGGCGCUGGAGCACCAAGACCUAAUCUGGGUUGUGCCCUGCGUCGGUGGCAUCGACUACCCGAUCGACCAGCGCGCUGAGCCAAUGUACGUGCCCAUCAUGGGCAAGGAGUACGAAAUCGAAGUGCAGUACCACCAGGUUCAGAAUAUCACGUACGUGCUGCUCGACGCGCCCAUCUUCCGCACCCAGUCCAAGGCCGACCCCUACCCGCCGCGCAUGGACGACAUGGACUCGGCCAUCUACUAUGCUGCUUGGAACUACUGCAUUGCUGAGGCCAUUCGUCGGUUUAACCCGGACAUGUACCACAUCAACGAUUAUCACGGUGCGGCGGCGCCGUUGUAUCUGCUUCCUGAACGCACCAUCCCUUGCGCUCUUUCUCUUCACAAUGCUGAGUUCCAAGGCAUGUGGCCUAUGCGCACGCCUGAGGAGUCUAAGGAGGUGUGCGAGGUGUUCAACCUGGAUCCGGAAGUCGUAAAGGAGUAUGUUCAGUUCGGAUCGGUCUUCAACCUCCUCCACGCCGGAGCAAGCUAUCUGCGUGUCCACCAAAAGGGCUUUGGUGCCGUGGGCGUCUCGAAGAAGUAUGGCGACCGCUCUUACGCCCGCUACCCUAUCUUCUGGGGUCUGUCCAAGAUCGGCCAGCUGCCUAAUCCUGACCCGAGCGACACGGCCGAGUGGAGCAGAGACGAGCAGGUCCAGGAGAAGGACGUCGUUGUCGAUCUCGAGGCCGAGGCCAAGCGUGGUGAUCUCAGAAGACAGGCUCAGGAGUGGGCUGGAUUGGAAGUCAACCCGGAUGCGGAGCUCUUCGUCUUCGUCGGCAGAUGGUCGCUCCAGAAGGGCGUCGAUCUUAUCGCUGACAUUUUCCCGUCCAUCCUGGAGAAAUAUCCUACCACCCAGCUCAUUUGCGUCGGCCCGGUUAUCGAUCUGUAUGGCAAGUUCGCGGCGCUCAAAUUGGCAAAGCUCAUGGAGAAGUAUCCCAAGCGCGUUUACAGCAAGCCCGAGUUUACCGCCCUGCCUCCUUGUAUUUUCAGCGGCGCUGAAUUUGCUUUGAUUCCCUCUCGCGACGAACCGUUUGGUCUGGUUGCUGUUGAGUUUGGUCGCAAGGGCGCGCUCGGCGUUGGUGCCCGCGUCGGUGGCCUUGGACAGAUGCCUGGUUUCUGGUACACGAUCGAGUCGACCGCUCCUCAGCAUCUUAUUCAGCAAUUCCGUGGAGCCAUUGUCGGCGCUUUGGAAUGCAAGAAGAAGAACCGUCAGAUGAUGAGAGCCUGGAGUGCUAAGCAACGUUUCCCUGUCGCUCAAUGGGUUGAGGACCUAGAUACGCUUCAGACCGAGGCUAUUCGCAUUCAUCACAAGGAAGCCAAGAAGCGGAAGAGAGUCUCCAGUGGCUCCUUGCUCACGGUUCCUUCCAAUAUUGAUCUUAACGGCAAUAAUACCCAGCGCGAUUACUUUGAUGAUGCAGUCUCGACUCCUGCGGGCGCACGAUCCCGAGCGGCAUCCACUUCUUCGACUCCGGGGCCUCAAGACAGUGCAACACAUCACAGACGAACCCCCUCCAACCCCUUUGAUGAUGACAUCCCUAGCAUUGCCGCGUCCCCGCCUCCUGGGGCUCCCGGAUCUCCUCCUACCGUUAACGUGUAUCAUUCCGACCAUGAUGGUGAAGAUGGAGCCGAUGAACCCCUCAUGCCUCCCCUCAUGCCUCCGAACCCCCUAUUCCUUAACCCGUCCGCGAGUUCGUCAGUUACGGAUGUCCCCUCUAUCGCAGGUAAUGCCUUCGGCCAAGCGGGUGACCGCGGCAGUGUCGACACCUUCGCGAUGCGCAUGAUGUCUCCCGAUGGCUCCGAGACCCGUCCUCAAGCCUUUGGUAUGCUCAACCCACAAGCUCGUCCCGGUGCUUCAGGUCUCUACCAAGCCCGCAACCGCAACAGCUCGCGUCUCUCUGUCAUUGAUGUCGUUGGUGACAGGCAGGACUUCCGCUUGCAGAAGGUUGAUCCCUUCUUCACUGAUGCGAAUGGCCAGUAUUACCGCGAGUUCGAGAGCAAGCUCAACGGCCUCACGGCAAAGAACUCGGAAACUGAACUCUGUAUCGAGGACUACCUCAAGGAAAGCGAAAAGGAGUGGUUCAAGCAAUUCAGAAACGCCAAACUGGGCCGUAGCCGCAGUCCGAGCCGCUCUCGGAGCCCCAUGCCAGGCUUGAAGAUCAAGAAGACCAGACACGCGAGCAUUGCCAGCGUCCAGAGCAUUUCGCCUUCCGAAGACGGGUCACUCAGUAACGAGGAACGCAACAACAACAACAAUGAGGGUGUCGGUCACCAUCGCGACGACCAAUUCCUGCUCGGCGAAGGGUACAGGCCGCCCACUGGCUUAAAGAAGCUGCUCUCCAUCCGCCUCGGCGACUGGCCUAUCUACUCCUUCAUCAUCGCCCUUGGCCAGAUUCUCGCUGCCAACACGUAUCAGAUCGUUCUUCUCGCUGGCGAAUCCUCACAAACGACUACGUCACUUUAUAUCGUUGCGGGCACGUAUGCCCUCGGCUCCCUUCUCUGGUGGUUCAUGUUCCGCCGCCUCCCGGCCCUGUACUCGCUCUCGCUGCCCUGGCUCUUCUAUGGUCUGGCAUUCAUGCUUCUGGGCGUAACGCCGUUCAUGCCUGAACACGUCCGUUUCCCAGUUCAGAAUACUGCGUCGGCAUUGUACGCCGCUGGUGCAUCAAGCGGAUCCUUGUUCUUUGCCAUGAACUUUGGUGAUGAAGGUGGCGUCCCCAUAAUGACCUGGAUCUUCCGCGCCGCCAUCAUCCAAGGCAUCCAACAAGUCUACGUCCUCGCCCUCUGGUACUGGGGCAGUCUUCUCACCGCGCAAACCCCCACCGGUUCUCCCCACGUCGGUGUCUGGAUCGCCAACAAAGUCCCCGUGGUCCUCGUCAUCACCGUCCCCAUCGCCCUCAUCCUCUGGUCCCUCGGCGUAAUCUCCUUCAUCGGUCUACCCGAUUACUACCGCCAACAACCCGACACGAUCCCCUCCUUCUACAAAUCUCUCCUGCGCCGCCACAUCGUGCCCUGGUUUUUGUUGAUGGUCGUCAUCCAGAACUACUUCCUCUCGGCCCCCUACGGGCGCACCUGGGAGUUUUUGUUUUACUCGAGGGCCGUCCCCGGCUGGGCCAUCUUGCUUCUCGCCAUCGGCUUCUUCGUCGGCCUCUGGUGCUUGCUGCUCUGGCUAUUCGCCUACUUCACCAAAACCCACCCGUGGAUCGUCCCGCUCUUCGCCAUCGGCUUGGGAGCCCCGCGCUGGGCGCAGAUGUUGUGGGCCACCAGCGGAAUCGGGCUCUAUCUCCCCUGGUGCGGCUCGGUUGCUCUUUCAGCGAUCAUCUCCCGCUGCUUGUGGCUGUGGUUAGGGCUCCUGGAUACGGUGCAGGGUGUCGGACUGGGUAUGGUUUUGUUGCUGACGCUCACGCGGCAGCAUGUGGCUGCCACGCUUAUCGGGGCGCAGUUUUUGGGGGCGGUGUUUACCAUGUUGGCGAGGGCGACGGCGCCGGAUAAGGAUGGGCCGGGAGAUGUCUUCCCGGAUUUUAGUGGCGGGGCAAUGCCCGGGUUGGGGAGGCCGUGGUUUUGGGUUGUGUUGGGACUGCAGUUGGUGUUGCCCGUGGGGUUCUUCAAGUUCUUUAGGAAGGAGCAGGUUGCUAAGCCUUGAGUGUGUGUGGAUGUAUGUCAAAGUGAAGAAGAUGAAGAAGAAGGAGAAGGGAUGAAGGGGAAUGAAUGAAUGAAUGGGGUUGUUGGGGUGAAACUGAAUGACGGGAAGGAAAAGAGAUAUGAUACGAUACGGUGGGAUUCGAUUGGAUUGGAUUUUACAAACUACUAACGACUGGACUGGAUUGGAUGUAACGGAAGUAUGGCUAAAAGGGUGUCUCGUUGGAUGAAAUUGUUUUGAUAUCCUUUGUUUGAACAAGUAUUUUUCGUUUGGUUAUAUAUACCUUGGCAUAUACCCCCCCUUCCCAGUCACUAAAGGAUUUUGGCUCGGAGGACUAGGUGUUUUUGAGCGCCUUCAAUCUUUAAGGCUUACUUACUAGCUGCUCCAAAGUUUCCUCCUCUUUAUGCGUUUGUGAAAC